GCUCUUCCCCCCUCUCUCUCUGACUCUCUCUCUCUCUCUCUCUCUCUCUCACACACACACACACACACACACACACACUCAUGCACACACGCAGCCGCUCACUGGUUCGCUUGUGAGGGGGACUGGCUGUUAGAUUCACCAGCGCAGCAGUCGCAGCCCACUCUGCUAAUUCUAUUAUACAUUCGGUCUGGAAGCUACAGGGCUGCUUUCUAAUUGCUUUCCUAUUCCCCCGGGGCCUCCCACCCCCUACCCCCCAUCCCCUCCUCCCCCCAAAGUGAAGAUGGCAGGGAAAGGAAGGAGGAAGGCACGUUAGAGAGAGAGAGAGAGGGGGAGAGAGAGCGAGCGAGAGAGGCUAACUCGGACAGGGAAUACUGGUGCCAUUUUCACAUUGCAGGAGGGUCCAGCGUGGAGACAGAGCGCGCGAGAGAGGAAGAGAGAGGCUGACAGUCGCUGCAGAGCCCACAGCCGGAGCCAUGCAGUCAUUCAGAGAGAGGAGCGGUUUCCACGGUAACCAGCACUGCUACCAGCAAGAGCCCCACCACGAGUCAGCAUCACGCCUGGAGGGCUACAGGCAUCACCACGGCGGGCGGCGGGGCUACGAGUCACACCCCCUCGGCGCUGCACCAGGGUCCAAAGACUGCUACAGCUUGCAGGCCUUUCCCGGCUAUGGUGCGGGGGACUCUGCCCCACCCAAGAAGCAGUACAAGGAGGGCAAGGUUUCUGUUUUGACCCAGCAGCAGCAGCAGCAGCAGCAGCAGCAGCAGCAGCACCUGCAGCAGACUGGCUACACCAAUCACAAUCACAUUAUGAGCCCCGCCUACCAGGCACAGUACUUGAAUGAGGGUAACCUGCAGCAGAAGUGGCCCGACUCCCCACACCUGCCGCACUAUGACCAGGAGUCACCAGGCACGGUAGGAACCCCGGGCGGGUCCCAGUACUUAGAGCAGAACAUGCUGGCAGUCUCCCAGGGCCAGUGCCCCCACAGCAGCCAGCAGCCCACCCCCGCCUAUGGCAGCCACCACCAGCGGCCCUUGCCACGCGAUGCCUCCCCGUCUCCCGCUAUCCACAGCCAGGGGCGUCUGCACUUCCCCCAGCAGCCACAGCCCCUGCCAGGCCCCACCCAGGCCUACAUGGACAAGUGUAACCCCCUACCACACUGCUACAAGGGCUACCCUGUGCCCUCUGCAGCCCAGUACAACAGGCAGCUUGGAUGCAGCAGCAGCGCUGCUGGUGGAGGACUCAAACCAAGCCCCUACCGGUCCCAGAACAGUUACGUCUACCCCCAGCCCCCAUCCCGAGCUGGAUAUGAACAGUUGCCAGGCCAGCAGGGGAUGCCACCAGGCCAGGAGGGCUUAUCAAAGUACCAACACUUUGGCCAGACCCAGCAAAACUACUGCCUGCCAGAUGUGUCCGUAAGGUCUCCCGAGCAGUACUAUCAGACCUGCAGCCCUGGGUCCGGCCACUCCCCCGCCCGGUCCAUGGGGAGGUCACCCUCUUACAGCUCCACCCCUUCCCCCCUGAUGGUCAGUUCCGAGACGUUCCAGUACAACCAGCAGCAACCCCCCAUCGUCUCCACAGGCCCUGCUGCCUCCUCUGCUUCCGCUGCAUCUUCCUCCUCUUCUGGUCUGCAGGAGCAGGGUUUGCUCAUGCCCCCGCACUCCCAUGCACCCCAGAGCGCAUCCCACCAGAAGCCUAGCUAUACCACCACUGCUAAGGAGCGCUUCCCUGAGAAGCUGCUGUCCAACCCCAGCCUGUGGAGCCUAAAUGCAUUGACCUCACAGGUGGAGAGCAUCUCCAACAAUGUCCAACAACUACUGCUGUCCGAGGCCUUGGUGGGCAACAGGAGGGCUAGCAGGCGGGGUGGCUCCAAGAAGGUUGAUGACUACAAGACCCAACCCCGAAUGCAUGAAGAUGCCUCUUGCUCAGACUCUCAUGACAGGGGUCCACUGCUAGAGGCCUACGGGGCUCCCCAGCCAACCUCUGCCGAGCUCCAGGAGGUGGGAUACUCUAGCAGCUCUGAUGAGCAGUUGGAGAGAAGCUACUACUUCUGUGGCCAGAGACAGAGCAGGAGUCCAGUUGUGCAAACUCCUGUGGGCUCCCAGCAUGCCCUGGAUGCUAUGUCCUCCUGCUCCUUGACUUCACCGGACAACACCUCAACAAAGUCAGAGGAUUCUGUCGGCACCCUACAGAGUGUGGAUGGUGCAGCAUCUGGGGUUGGGGUCCAGAGCAUUCUGCAUGGGGAGUGUCUUGACUCCAUGCCCCAACUUCCCACCACACAGGCUGAGGGGAAUGGCAACAUUGCCCUGGUGAAGAAUGUGGAAGACCAAGGAAGAUGCCUGCAUGGUGGUGCAGCCAUUCCCAGCCCCCUCAGGCCCCACCAGGGCUCUUCAGCUGACAUGCAUAGCCUGAGAGGAUCGCUCAAGAAGAACAUUGAAGAGUCUGCUUGGUCUCUUGUUGAGGGAAAAGAGGCUGAGAAUGAGAAGGAGACCAUAGGUCGUGACAUUGGGCCUGAGGUUACAAAUCAGCAGCAACAGGGGGACUGGCCAGAUGAUGAAAAAUGCUCGCCUGUGUUCCACAAGGUAGACAAAGUCCCGAUGAGCAAAAACUUCCCCAGUGACUUGGAGGAUAAGAUAUACCAGGACCUGCAGAGCCAGUACUACUCUGAUCAGAGGGAGCCGGCAGGAAAAGCCAGUCAUGCCUUAGGCUACAGUUGUGACAAGGACAUCCCCCCUGAAGUGAAAUCAGAAACGUACAAGUCAGAGGCACCCACUGACUAUGACACCCUUGAGAACACAGACCCUUUUAUGUGGAGAGAUGACCUCAGACAUCAGGGCCAUUAUUUGCCCACAAAAGUGGAAGACUCAGUGCAGCAACAGCAGUUUGGCUCCGAGGUUGAGCAUUUUGAAGAGAAACUACUCUCUGUCAUGGGGCAAGAGAAGCAGGAGAUUCCAGAAGAGCAGUGCCCCAUCCCACAUGAUCUGAUGGGUCCUGAAGAGAGACUGGAGAACAGGAACUCUCCAUCCUCAAAGAACAGUGUUAAUUGCAGGCUGCUGUCAUGUGAUAUGGGAGAAAGCCAUGGUUUGGCUAAGGAGCAAGGUGAUGAGCAACAUCCCAGUGUGGAUGCUGCAGGAAAGGAACCAGCAGUUGGUGAGAAGAGGCCGGCAGUCCGAGAUACCUUGACCUCAUCAUAUUCUACAGAAACUGUUUUCCCAUUGCAAGGUGAGCAGGCUGUGCCUGCAACUCAGGUGAGGGGCAACAUUGAGCACCGUGAUGCUGAGGUGCUGGAGCCAGACUCCCCCCAGCUCCCAGGGAAAUCAGUCAUGCACCCAGCCCCAUCAUGGGCCGACACCCCUCCCUCUCCGAAAAAAGGCGAUGAUGAUAUUGAGCCAGGGAUAAGCUGCCCUAGUGCAGUGAUGCCCUCACCCUCUGCAAAGUCUGAACCUAUGGCCCUGUCCUCAAACCUAGGAGCCCUCCACAGGAAGCACACGCGAGGCAGGAGGGGCCGGCCUGGGAGGCCGUCACACAUGGGUGCUCGAAUCCGAGCCCUUGUCAGCACGGAAGACAAAGAGGUCCCCUCAGUCAUCGCAUCCAGCAAAGGCACUCUUUUCCCAGACGAAUUAAUAGGCAUCAGUGACAGCAAAGAUAUCUCCAGCCAGAUGCCGACGCUUUCAGCAUCAGAGGGCUUCCCCUCCAGGAUGAGAACCCGCUCCUUUACCACACAGGCUAUACCUAAAGCCUGUGCUCAACUGAAAAGGCGUCCUGGCCCAAAGCCCUCUGAAGACUGUCCUGCCGCUAAUCCCCCACCUCCCCCUAAGGGCCUGAUAUCCAAAAUCAAGUGCAUCAAGCAGAGGGACCUUGAACAAGAUACCUGGGGUUACGCGAAGGGAAAGAGGGGACUAGGUUUGAACACUCCACCAGAUGAAAAUCAGGAAACACCGAGCCUUCCAAUGGUGCUUCCUGUCAAAGACCAGAAGUCCAUGGUGUUGAGGUCCAGAAAACAGACAGAGGAGAUACCAGUGAAGGAGAAAGAGAAGAAGGGUACUGCAUAUAGUUCCCCAAAAAAGCCAAAAGAAACUAAGAAGCAGAAGGUGAUAUCGUCAAAAGACCAGGAUGGUGUGAUCCUAAAGCCUAACCUUAGCACAACCUUCCAGAAAGGGGUCUACAAAAAUGCAGUUGGAAAGUUGGCAAAGACAGUACCUCUAAUAAGCAAGAGAAAAUCCAGCUUCCAAUCUCCAGUGCCCUUGAAAAAACAGAAGGGAAUCAAAGUCAGCAAAAUUAAGGCCCAUGAACCUCCCAUAGAAACCAAGCUAACGGCUGUGAGAGGCCCUAAGAAGAAGCUAAAAGGAGGGGAACAUCUUAAAACAUCUUUUCUAAACAUAGAUCCUCCUCUCCUUACCAGUGACAUAGCAGACUUGUCUAGUGUACCUCCUCAACAUCCUACAAAAACUAAAUAUCUACCCCCAAGGAAAGGCAGAGGUUUAAAGUACGAGGCUAUGGUUCAAAAGAUCACAUCCACGGGAUUGAAGAAACAAGUUCAAAACCCUCAAGUUGAAGAAGUAGUACAGGGAGAUCCAGUGCCAAAGGCAGCCACCAGCACAACACUGCAGACUCUGAAAGAGAAAGAGAUGCCAAAACCUGUGGAGGUGAAAGUGGAGGAAGGUGGGGACUCAUUGAGUGUCCCCAUAGGAGCAGAAGUCGAGGGAUGCAUCAAGGGCACAACUGUUGGUAAAAGGAGAGGGCGGCCUGCCGAACCCAGGGAUCGACCUGAAGUGCCACUGGAUCUAGUUCCAGAUGCCGAAAGCCUCAUCAUAAACAUGCCAAGAUUAGCCAAGCAAAGGGCAAUCAAAAACAACCGCGAGAUGCACCUGAAGCAGAGGAGAAGGAGGAGGAAAGUCCCCCCCAGCACCGAGCAACAAAGCUCACCUUCUGACCCUAUAUCCCCUCCUCUCUCUACUUUGCCUCCUGACCCGAUCUCUCCCACCCCUAAUAUUCCCCUUGUCCCUGCCACUCCCAUCUGUGGAGAGCAGCUGACAGAGGCACCACAGACCACCAUCAUCCCCACAACCAGCGUCUGUAAGAGAGGGCGACCCCCAAGGUUACCUCCUAUAAAAAGGGGAUGUGGCAAAGGAUUCAGCAAGCAGGGCAGCAAAAAGGCAGUUGCUGUCACAAUAACAGGGCCAAAAAAGAAAAUAAAACAGAACACAGAGACCCUGAGUGUCAAGACUACGAAAAAAGUGCAAAAACCCAAAGUGAGACACAGAAAAUGCUGUGCCAAUCAUGUUGUUGUCACCACUGCCGAGGAGGAAAAAUGGCCAGAGGUUCCUCUAAAACACAAAUCACAGGAAAGCAAAAGUGUCAACAGCGAGUGCUCCUUCAGGCCUUAUGUGCGCAUUGACAGCUCAGACAAACUGCCUUCCCACUGUGUCAUCAUCAACCGACCCGAGGAAGAGACGCUCCUUCUGCGAGAGCGGAGAAGGAGGAAGAAGGCCUCUGUGAAUGUAAUGGCCACCUCCAUCCUCACCCAGGCAACAGCGCCGAGCUUCUCCCAGGCAAUGCUGCAGGGCCCCCUGGUCAAUGCGGGGCUGUCUGGUAGGUCUCUGACCUGCUGCUUGUGUGGCAAGCCGGCAAACUACAGGGAGCUAGGAGACCUGUGUGGGCCAUAUUACCCGGAGGACAGUGUGCCAAGGAAGGCCCUGUCCUUCCUGCCCAAAUUGGAGCAUGUGGAAGCUGGAGAGAUGGUGGGGAACAGUACCAUGGUGGAACCGAACACCAGCCCACUAAAGAGUGACAGCAUCAAGGACCCAGGCAGGUGGGGUCGGUGUGGUUCUGGGCAGCACAGAAGGGUGGAGAGGGUGUUGGGGGUGGGCAGAACGAGCCGUCCUAGUUUCCGGGAGCAGUACAGGAGGCUGCGGCUGCUUCAGGGGGAGGGGCAGGGAUGGGGCCGGGCUGGCCUGCGGACGCUGCAGAUGGAGGCAGAAGCCAAGGAGCACUGGGCCCACGAGGCGUGUGCCAUUUGGACCAGGAGGGUGGUGCUGAUUGCCGGCAAGCUGUACGGCCUGACAGAAGCUGCACGGGCUGCAGCCCAGAUGUGCUGCUCGGCAUGUCAGAGCGUGGGUGCGUCCAUCAGCUGCUGCAGGGAAGGCUGCUCCCAGAUAUUCCACUUUGUCUGUGCCAAAGACAUGGGUUGCUUAUUUCAAGAAGACAACUUUUCAGUGAAAUGUGUGGAACACAAGGACAUGUAAAAUAAAUUUGAAGAGGUUCAUCUCCUAUGCAGUGCAACAAGGGACAGAACGUGACAUGAGCCCUGCUGAACGAAUUCACCCGGAUUGCACAGCUCAACUGGAAAAGCGAUUCAGAGCAUUCCUGCAGCGCGGCUGCGGAAAUCCGGCGAGCCGCGUUUCUAACGGGGACACUUAGCCCCGUUCGGACGUGCGUGUCUGCCGCUCCAGAACAGGAGCAGCAGAGAAGAUAUUAGUGUGGGUCAACGCCAGCUUAAAACCCAAAUGUGCCACUCUGUUUGGGAUAAAGGGGUCCGUUUCGAUUUGGUCCGACCACAGUCACACAGAGAUUAAGGUCCAUCGGGCCCUGAUUCAGAUACUUUGAAUCAAAUACUUUAACCAUUUAGACACCGGUAAAAUUCCUGCCGAUUACUGAAAAAGUUAUUCGGAACAAAAAUCUUCUUUCAUAUGAUUCUCCGUUUUGUUAAAAUAGUCUGAGAUCUGCAGGAGAUUUUCUAAAUUGUAGUAGUAUCUGAAGAAUUGAAGUAUAUCUUAUGGUAGUUGACCCAGGUCUGAGCAUCGAACCCAUCCCCGCCAGGUUUUAGCAGAUAUCAGUAUUUUGGAAUUGCUGUGCGCAGAUGUGCUCUGAUAGCAAGAUGUCACAAAUCCGUACUCACUGGAUGUAUUUCAAUGUAUGCUUGAGUGUUAUAAUGUACAUGGCGUGCUCUAAAACAAGUAAAUAUUCUGAUAUUUAACUAAAGGUAUUUUACUAUAUAAUGCUCUUCCGACCUGUAUUUUGAUGUGCAUUUGCAGACGUAAGGCCUUCAUAUCGGUAUCCAUUCAGCGUGAAUAUUUCCGAAACUCGAGUCGUGAUCUUGUGAGCGACGAGUGAGGCACGCGACCCUCGGACUUCCUGUCUGCGCUGUAGUUGAAAUCUUGCAAGCGAAGUCCUAGUUUAUGCGCCACGCUCUCGACUUUCACGUCAUUUGUGCCACUUAUCGUGAGCUUGAUAACGCGCACGUCUCUGUUGAUGACUGAGAUGGGGCAGGGCCAUAGUCCAUAUUCUCAUUCAGUACUGCGAUUCACCUUUGACCUUUUUUUUGGGGGGGGGGCACAAAACUGAUGUAACUGAUCACGAUGCACACACACACCUCAGCUAGGUAUAGUUAAUAACGUGACCGUAAAGUCAUGAGUUUUAAAACAAUGCAUCCAGCGAUCUUGAUGAUUCUCAGUUCUGAACUUAUCAUUAUUUAAUGGUGUAUAUAAGUAUUUGACACUGUUUAAAUGUAAGAUGUGAUGUACUUAAAUAAUUGUGUAUAGUAUUUCUUAGAGAUGUUUAUUUUCUAUAAAGUAAAUGUCAUUGACUAUAAAAGAAAAAUGUUAUUAAACAAAUGAAUUAAAAUAAUUUCUUGGGGGGAGGGGGUGGACGUCGCUUGUCGUCUGGGUUGGGGUCAUGCGUUGAUUCCUGUUUAUUUUGGUAAAUGUAUGGUGUUUGUUAUGCACAUGUGUAUUUAGCAAACAAUGCUCUUAUAUCAACAGGUGUGAUCCAGUUGUAAGUGCUACACAGGAUCAUGUGACCGCACUCUUAGCCGUUAACAUUCAUGGGAUAGUUGGCUGUAUUAAACAGCCAUGAGUAACUUGUGCCUGACCUGACAUUUUGAAUGUUCCACUGUUCCCAAAGACUACAACAGAGCCACUGAGAUGUGAGUGGCAGCUAACUGGGAACAGAGCU